GUUUGGUUGGGUUUUUUUUUUUACUAAGUUGUAAAACAAGAUUUGUAUUUAUCCCAAAGCAAUUAAUUUAUUCCAUUAACUGAAGAAAAAUAAAAAUAAAGGCAUCUGAUUUAUUCAGUUUUAUAUAUAAGUUUAUUUAGUUGAUGGAUACAGCCUGAGUAGAUCAAUCUGAAGAAACAUGUUUGCUGCAUGUACUUACUGAGUGAAAUUAAAUCUACAACACCCAGAAGGUUAAUCUCUAUAUCCUUACUAUAAAGCUUCAGUGACCUUCAUUACAAUCGUCUGAGUGUAUUACAUCAGGAAACUAAAAUUCAGUUGGCAUGUUGUUUUUCUCUAAAAUCUCACUGGCCAUCAGGGACUAAAAGAUCCGUAAUUUAAAUAUGAGUUGUUUUAGUUUUUUUUUUUCUGUUUUUUUUUUGUUUUGUUUUGUUUUGUUGUUUUUUUUUUUUUGUUAAGGCAUAUGGUUAACAUGGGAUCACAUCCCUGCCAGGUUGUCUAAAAGGGGAAAUAGGCUCAGCUCUCCUGAUAUAGCAAAAAAAAUGCCAUAUUCUACUUCAUUCUCUUUCCUCCCCUUUUACUCCUACUAGGCAGCCAGACAAGCUACACAUCUGAGUGAUAGUCAUUACUCACUAGAACUUUAAAAUGGAUCCAUGGUUGGCUUUAAUGGAAAAAUCUUCUCUCCCUAGGCUUUCUCUGAGCUGCUAGCUCCUAUAAUGAACUGUGACUAGGGAGACCCUGAAGUGAGAUAAACCAGAGAAAACGUAUAGCACCACGGUGAGGUUAUAUGUAUUCACACAACCCAAACUAAGCAGGGGCAGGACAGUUUAGCACCUGAAUUGAAAAUCCAAGGGAACGCUCCUGCACACAGGUCUUGGCUGCCUACGGCUGUUACAGAUCCUGGAGCACUUUUCAACGAACAUCUAAGCUUUGGACAGGGUAAUUAGACUCUCUGCCUAGUUACACCCCCUUGGAAAUCUGAGCAGCACCCAGCUCUCUACCCUCUGCUCAUAAACACUGGGUUUCAGCUGGCGGGCGUUGUUCAGCUUCCUGCCGAAGGCGGUGCUGCGCUGGCUGGGGACGAGAUCCCUGCGUGCUGUCUAAACAGUGUGAGAUGAUUUGAAACCUGUGGGAGUAAAAGAUGUUACAGAAACAUAAACGGUUACAUUACUGUUACUCUAGGAGAGGCCUCAAUGCCGUAAGUGAGCAAUGGGGCAGUGAAUCUGGGAGCAUUUUAGAAGUAUCUGUCUGCUGAGGUAGUUCUAGGAACACAGCCCUGCAGCGAGGACACAGAAGUGGUUUGAGCGUGGCUUUAGAAAGUCAGAACUCCUCGGUGCUUGCCUCACCUUUAGCAAGGGCUAAGAGCUAUUUCUUCAAGGACUCCCCCGAAGAAAUGUAAGCAAAGCGAUAUUCCCGUUAAGGAGAGGUAAUGCCAUUUAUCUACAUGGUUGGUCUAUUGUCACAAUAAGCAGAUAAGGUUUGCAAGGCACACGUGAAGCUCCAAUAAGUACUAAUUAAACAUAUUUCUCUGUCAUCCUGUUUCCCAUAGACGACAAUAAAGUUUCUCCACUACCUGUUUUAGUAGCUAAUUAAAGCUAUGAGUUGCCUCUACCUGGCAGCUUAGACAUAUUUAUUCGCCAACACAGGGAGAGCUACCCCUGGAUAUGCAGCAGCAAACAAAACCUUUUAGCAAAGCUCUUCAUCUACGGGCGGCGGGGAGGGAGCGCGAUGUCACGGGCGGAGCGGGCGCACACGGGGGUGGCCGGGGAGACUCACCUGCCCCGCGGGGACCCGCCCGCUGCUGCCGGGGGUGUCCCUGCCCGCCGGGGCCCCUCCCCAGCCCGCCCGGCCCCAAAGUUUGGCGAGGAAAGUUUGUGUGUAGGCGCCGCUGCGGAAGCGCCUCCCGGGAGCGGCGGGAGCGGCGGGCAGUGGGAAGAAAUCCCACCUAUAAUCCUGUAAGAAGACGGAGAGUCAUCAAGUUGCUGUCUUGUGAGCAGUGUUUGUUUAACUUCCCCAAAUCCAGGCAACUUCCAUGGGACUGCUUGCUGAUUCCCAGGAGUGCUUCAGGCAGCAAGAUGUCCAGCAGCUGUAGGAUGAAACCCUUGAAACUGAAUAUCCUGGUGAACUGGUGAAGUUCCAGAUCUGCUGAUUUCAGUGUCUUCUCUGUUCUCUAAUAGGAAGGAGUCAGGAAUGGUACCUGAGUGCUGAGGUGCCUCUCCUCAGCUGCACGUAUAUUUGAUUGAAAGGAAGAAAAAGUUGGAUGAUGUUCUGAAAGGAGGAAUCAUGCCAAAAGCAGGAGAUGCUGUCAAUGUCCUGUUACACGAACAACAUAGCUUUUGUUUGUGGGAAACAGAAGAGGUUAGAGUCUCUGGGGAAGACACCAAAGAAGAUGCAGGCAUGAAGACUUCAGAAAAGUGAGCAAUGAGUCUUUCUGAAAGCUGAAGAGAAGCGCCCUUGUAGGGUCAUGAACCUAAGACAAGUCUUCGUGUCUGUACUGCUGUUUGGAGUAGCUGGUCUACUCCUCUUCAUGUAUCUGCAAGCUUGGAUUGAAGAACAACAUACAGAGUCUGGGAAAAAACUGCAACAAGAGACAAUUAAUCAGGAUUUCAUGCUCCAACCUCUGGGGAUGCCAAGGAAAGCAGCAUGGAGAAGUGCUCCUGUGGGCCUCAGUAACCAUGAGAUGGCCGUCUCAAGCAGCAGGCACUGGCAGGGCAGGGCUGACCCUUUCGGUGUGGUGGCUGCCUCCUCAGGGAGCCGGCUGCCUGAGCAGCAGAAGACGAGUGAGUCCCCUCUCAGCUGGUUCAGAGGGGUGUAUUUACCUCCUGCUCUGCACCCAUUAAACCAGACAUUUGUCAAGGGUGGUGAGUGGCAGGACAUGGACAGCACCCAGGAAAAGCGCAGGGCCUUCCUGCAAGACUUCUGCAGGAAAUACAACAGCAGAAAGAAGCUGCAAACCCACCUGGUGCACCUAGUGUCAAGAAUUUAUGUAGAGGACAGACACAAGGUUCUGUACUGUGAAGUGCCAAAAGCAGGCUGCUCCAACUGGAAAAGGGUCCUCAUGGUGCUCAGUGGACUCGCUGCUUCAGCAAACAACAUCUCCCAUGAUGAUGUGCACUAUGGAAAGCACCUAAGGAAAUUGGACAGUUAUGACCUAAAAGGGAUCUACACACGCUUGAACACGUACACCAAGUUUAUAUUUGUACGUGAUCCUAUGGAAAGACUGGUAUCUGCCUUCAGGGAUAAGUUUGAACAUCCAAACAGCUAUUACCAUCCGGUAUUUGGGAAGGCAAUAAUUAAAAAGUAUAGACAUAAUGCAGAUGAAGAAGCACUGAAAACAGGAUCCGGAGUUAAGUUCAAGGAGUUUAUCCAGUAUUUGUUGGAUUCCCACCGACCAGUAGGAAUGGAUAUUCACUGGGAGCAAGUCAGUAAGCUCUGCUAUCCCUGCCUCAUCAACUAUGAUUUUAUAGGAAAGUUUGAAACCCUGGAAGAAGAUGCCAAUUACUUUCUGCAGCUGGUAGGUGCUCCAGCCAAUCUGAAGUUCCCUAAAUUCAAAGACAGACAUUCCUCUGAUGAGAGAACAAGUACAGAAGUAGUGAGGCAAUAUUUAAAGGAAUUGUCUAAGGAGGAGAGACAGCUGACCUAUGACUUCUAUUACUUGGAUUACUUAAUGUUCAAUUAUACAUCACCACUUGUAUAGAACUAGAAUAGCUUCAGGCUUCUACUAGAUACUUAUCAUGUUGGGAUUCAAAACAACUACUUUGAUAUUAGUCCUGAAAGGAAACGAAGUUACUGCUAAGUAGAGUUGUCUUGAAUUAGUGGGGAUUUUAUAAGCUAGAGUGAUAUCAAUUGAUACUAAAUUAUGGAGAAUGCAAAGAAAAAAAGACCUGUAAACAGCAUAAAUUGCACUAAAAUGCCUGAGAAAGCUGUUUUUACCAUUAUGGAUUAUUCUGUGGAAGCAGUAGCUCAGACAGCUGUUGCAUUAGCUUACCUAAUGUUCUUUUAACGGUUUAAGAAAAAAAAUUCUGAGUGUCAUGAUUCUUUUUUUGGUGUGUUUGCUUUAGAAAUAGGUUUUGAAAAAACUUUUGAAUGUAUUUUUACUUUCUGUCACUUAUUAAUAAAGAAUCACUGGCUAAUUUUC